AUGCCAUUUCACAUUCAUAACGUAUAUGGAUACCAUGGCGAAGGCGAGGUUGCAGGGAAACGGAGACGCGGGGACUUGAUCCACAGCAAUAACCAGGUCCAGGGCCAGCGAGGACAGGGAUCGGAGCAUUCUGUCGUUCUCGUCUCAAUGGCACGUACCACUAUGUGCCCUCUCAGAACCCUAUGGGGCACCAUAACUGAAGCCGAAGCACGAGGAUGA